AUGGAUUCAAUUAGAGUAAUACUAAGAGGAAAAGCGCACUCAGAGUGGAAAGUUGUGGUCAGCGGCGAAAGAAGGACUGUUAAGGACGACCAGAUUUUUGUCGACGAAAGAACCACUAUAUGGGGAAAGGAGAAAGGCGAGGGCAAUAUGUCGAUCCUUCCUCGGGGUCAUCACUCAUUUCCUUUCAAAUUUCAUUUACCCGAAAGUUGUCUGCCGUGCAGUUUUGAAGCCAAGCCCUGCACUGUUAGAGGAGUCGUAAGUCUGAAGACACUAAUGGAAAGGACAGCCUAUUGUUGCGGUGAAAGUAUUCGUCUCAAAGCAGAUAUCGAUAAUCAAAGCGAAGAGAAUGUGAGACUGAAGUUAAAACUUGUUCAGUACGUCGAGUUCUUUAUAGAGCGCGGAGUAUUAGGUCUUAGCAAAGAAGUCAAUCAUACGGUUCUUGAAUACAGAGGCGAUCCAAUACUUCCAUCACAAAAGUCUCGAUUUGAAAGUUCAAACAGUUUUGUUGUGCCAAUAAUGCCUCCAACUCUGGUCGGCAUUUGUAGACUUCUCCAAAUUUACUAUGUUUUGAAGGUU